AUGGACUUUCCAGCAUCUUAUUAUGGGAAACUUGACAAAAGAAACCCAGUUAUUUCAGCUUUUGAACGAGACAUUAACUCGUUUAUAACGCUGAUGAGACGUGUAGCGUCCUCCACCAGCAGCGACAACAGCUCGUAUGCUAAAGGGAUCAAAAUCCUGGUGGAGAUAUGGAGAAACUACAAACAUCGACUGCCUUCAAAGUUAUACCAAGAGCAUAUGUUGCAGAUUGCAGAUUUUCUCUGUGGAAUUAAGCUGUACCAGUUGGCUCUGUGGCAUGGCUACAGUCUCCACCUGCUGCAGUUCAGCUCAGUGAAUAUAACUGACAUCACGGAUGUGGACCACUUAAUGACUUGCUUCUUCCCUGAAGGUUUUGAUACAGACCAAGAUACCCUUGACAUGAAGAUCUGUGCAAUGCUGGGCUGUGUGCAGUGUGUAUUUGAGCUGGAGAAAGGGCACAGCAUCCUCGGCCAGAAGGGACUCUGUAAACUGCUGCAAGUGCUGAACUUCAUCAGGAUCAUGAUGCAGGCUUUUCAGCAACAUGAGCACCUCUGUUGGCAUAUAUAUAAUGGUUCGUUACACAUCUACAACAUCUGCCGUUACCUGAUGACCAUGAAUUGUAGUGCACAGGCACUGGAGUACCUUUUGUGGGCAAGCAUCAGUUUAGAGCUGUCGGUCCCUCUGAUGACUGCUAAGUAUCUGCCAUGGAUUGUUACACUCUACUGUGCUGUCUGCCACUGUUACUAUGACAACCUUGCUACAGUGCAGGCAGAGGAAUUUGCCAGGAGAGCCCUUGGAAAAAUCAAUGACCUUGCAGAGCUGGAGCAGCAGAGCGGAGUUCUCGCCACCAGAGAGACCCAGAGAGCUUUCAAAGAAGCCUCUAUCAAGCUGGCAGCCAUGAUGUUCAAGCGAGCAGUGUUCGAGGCCAGGAAGAGACCCAAAAACAUGUUCAGAGUCAAAACCAAAAGCACCCUGAAAGACAUACCCAAUGUGCCAUGGCCUCGUAACACAACAGAGCGCAUGCUAAUGGGCCUGUUUGACAGUAAGGCAGCACAAUUCUUGGGAAUCUUGGAGACACUCUGGGACAGCACCAAACGCCCUCUGCACACAAGGGUGUCAGAUGAACCAGAGCUGCAGGAACUUGUCCUGGAGCUCCUGUCAGCUGGCAUCAGUAUAUUAUCUGGAACGGCAAGUGCAAGUGAGCAAAAGCGUGAUGACCCCCCAUGUAUGUCUCUCAGUGCAAUGACAUCAACAUCCCCUCUAAUGGAUUUAGCCAUCACAGGAGAAAACAAAGUAUCCUUCAUGUCUGCAGUGAGGUUCAUUAAGCUUUUGUUUCAGUACAAACAGCCAGAUGCAUUCACCCAACUUGCUGGAGAGAUGCUGCAGGUUUUGUCUGGUGCGGAAGGUCAGUCAUACAGGAAGGCAGAAACGGAGCUUGCUGUGCUUUACAGUUUCAACAGUCUGCAGUCCUCUCAGAGAAGUCAUCCUAGAGAGGACAGCAUAAUCAAUGACAGACACAAGUCUUCAGUCUCAAUGAGUGAUGAGUUCAUUGGCCUGGUAGACGCCUUGCACAAAUCUGUUUGUGGCUUUGCUCCUGAGGUGCAACCGGAUGGGGACCUGGUUUUGGAAGUUGUGUUAUUUCUGUGGGGUAAGGUGAAGGUGGUGAUGCAGAAGGAUCAGCUCCAAAACUCAAACUUUGAGAAGGUUGAUAAUUACCACAAGUGGGUGUGGUGCCUGUAUAUGCUGUGUGAGGUGGCCUUUGCCUUUGAACUAGCAACUGUUGACUGCAUAAUGACAGCAGAGAUGAUCCACACAUUGGCCAUACUGCUAGAGAGUGCAGCUGAACGCAAUAAACAAACGCACUGUCCAGCAGCUCAUGUAGCAGAUGAUGAUGGUGUGAAGCCAAACUCUUUCACUCUUCUUCAGAGGUCAAGUACAGAGCUGCUCCAGAAGGUGUGUGAGGUGGUUAAAAGGGGUCUUGAAGCUCUGGCGAAGGGUGUAGCUACACUUAUGCCCCAAAAUUGCUCUUCAAUCACUGACUUUGCCCUCAUGCAGGAAAAAGAAGUUGAAACCAAGGCAGAAUCAGAUAUCAAAAGCUCUAGACACACUCAGUCCACAUGUGUGUCCCUGCUGGCGACAGACCUCCAUCUGGAACUACACAUAAUCCACUGCAGGGCAUUUCUCAAGUUACUGCAGCUAAAUGCAGUUGUCGAGUCUGAUCUGUUGGAUCAGAUCAAGAAGAACAAGGUGUCCAAAGCUCUUUUCCUGAUGCAGAAAGCCUUGCUGGUGUACAACAGCAUGGAACCAAAUAAAAACAGCAAAACCAAGUUUCUGCUAGAGGAGGCCUCAACCCUGAUAGAGAAAGCAGGUGUAGAGGAGAGAAAACUGUAUAUGUCCACCACCCCGAAGGCUCCAGCUGAAAAUCAAGACAAAGGGUUGAAGGAGGAAAAAGAAAACCCUCCACCUCCCCCGAUCCUACUCUCAUGCACUGACCACUCUUUAACCUUUACCCCAGCACCUUACUACAGGGAGGGACAAGUGUGCUGGUACCAGCUCUGCGGUCGAGCAGCUGAGGGAAUUAACAGGAAAGUCCGCCUUGGAGACUACAGCCUGCCAGGAACUGGAAAUCUGGUACCAGCAGUAUCUGGUGAGUGUGUGCUGAGGGUGGAGGGCCUGGAACCCAACCAGAAGUAUAUGUUUGCUGUAGCAGCCUACAACAGCCAGGGCAAGCUACUGGGCAACUCCAUCGGAGAGACAACAUUCCCGCUGCUAGCAUCCAUGCCAACAUCACUGCUUUCCACAUGGGCUCACUUGGCACAGAUGGCAUUUCAAACAGAGCAGUACGACGUAGCAAAGAGAGCCUGCAGGGAACUGUGGAGCCACUAUACCUUCUCCGACCCACACAGCACACGUGAUAGACUCGCUACCACAGGGCUGCAUAUCCAGACCCUGCAACACUCGUCUCCUCUCCUGUGUCAGUUGUUCCUCACUUCCAUCUUCAUUGAGACAGAGAUCAACAUUCAGCAGGGAUCGCUCUAUUGUGAUUCAAGCAGUGACAAUGGACUGUUUAUCUGGGAGCAGGAAGCCAGACUGGCAGAAUGUGAAAGAAUGCUGGUGGCCAUAGACGUGGCGAUGUGGUUAAGUGACAGCAGUGCUGCCUUGCAAGCAGUAGUAAGCUGUUACAGCCUCUUGGCCCCUCUAAUCUUCCAUCAGAUCGCUUGCGACCCUGUAGUACAAGUGCUUACAAAAUGCCUGAUAGUUUUGGAAGAGAAUUCAGCUCUUCUCAAACAAAAAUGGACAGGAAACACUUCAGAGUCACUGAUACACAUGAUAGCUUGCAUCACUUACUACCUGUCUAAGGCAUUACGUGUCCUAAAGGAGCCUCAGAGGGCAUCUGCACUGAUGGACUGUGGUCGUACACUGCUCCAGGAUGUCUUUGAUGCCCAGCUGCAGAUCAGUAGAGUUGCCAACAAAGCUGUGGGUCUUAAGGCACUGCAUGGGAAGAACAAGAUAAGGUUCACAUCAGAGGCAGCUGUUUCUCCAGACCAUGAGAUUUCACGCCCACUGACUGGCUGUGAGGAUCCUGCUGUACUGUACGAUCGGAUCUCCAGCAGCACAUUAAAGGAUGCCUAUCAAGACGUGAUGAAGCUCAGACGCAAGGCAUAUUUCAUUGAGUUUGCUGCACUACUAAUCCAGAGAACCAUGGAAGAAGGCCAUACAGACCUUGUGUUAAAGUGGGGGCAAACCAUACUCGAAUUUCUUUGCAGACGUGAUGAGGUGAUGGGACUGUCCACAAAGUGUUUGGAGGGAAACGGUCAGAGUAAAAGAAAGAGUAGUGUUCAGACUCUGAAAGGAAAUGAACCACCCCAGAACAAGAACACAUCUUCUCAUGAUGAUGUGAGAAAAAGACUAAAGCAGAAAAUGCCACCCAGCAUGCUUCAGAAAGUGAGAACUAACAGGGAGAUGCAGGCUGUGGAGAACCUGCUGACCUUGUUGUCGUCUGUGGUGCAACGCCACAAGAAACAGUUUCAGCUCAGGAACAUGUGCUGUGAGGAGAGAGUGUGGAAGUCACACCUCAACUACAGCUUGGCUCACGCACAUUUAGCAGUUUUUUAUCAGGCACUGAACCAGCUGCUUGGAGGAGACCUACAGCACAGGUACAGCCAGUUAAAUCCAUUGUGUUUCUCUCUGGCCUACACUGGUAUCCUUGUGCAGCGGAGGAACUCACAACAACAGUCCUCUAAAUGUGAGGUUGUCUCUGAGAGAGACUCCUCUCACUCCGUUGUCAGGGAUUAUGUGAUGACUGCACACAAAGACAGAAACAAAAAGGAGGCUAGAGUUCAUGACUCUCCCACAGAUAAGAGUUAUGAGCAGGGAGAGGACCCCUCUCAGUCUGUUCACCAGCAGUUAGAGAUUCAGAAACGCACUUCUGCCUUGCUGCUGGACUCACUUAAAAAUGCUGCUUUACAUCUUCGAAGGGCCAUGGUGUUGGCCCACCGUGGCAGCCACUGGACCACUCUGCAGACUGUGUGUCAGACUGCAUGGGAUCAAAACUGCAGAAUUGCUGUAUUAAUACAGAGAGCUGCUCAGGUCAAACCUCCCUUCCCGCUUACAGCAGACCAGCUGCACACCACUUUCACCCCUCUACUUGUGCUGUCUACUGACUUAAUCAUGGACAUGCUAAACAGACUAGGGCUGUGGAGUUUGUAUGAUAGUGACUUAACCGAGGAGGAGCUAGAGUCCAGUCUUCACUUCUCAGGCCCGCUUGAUGACAGCACACAGGUGGACCUGCGUUGGGUCCGCACCUUGGUGUUGCACACUCUGGAGCGGCUCCAUGACAGUGGCAAAUGGGAAAGCCUGGCCCACUUUGCCUUACUUUUCAACUCAUACACACGUGAGCGUUAUGCCUUGAUGGUAACUCCCCUACUAGUCCUCACUCAGAGGAGACUGCUUGAAAGGAUUAGCUGUUUUGGUGGGCCUGCAGUCCCACAACCUCACCAUGUCAAGACAGAGAAGGCCACUGGCAAGCAGGUAACUUACAGGAGCUACGUAGGCUGCCAGCUGCUCAGUGGGUGGACCCUACAAUCUUUGAGCCGCAAAAAAGCACCACUCACAAACCUUACGCCUCGAGACACAAUUGAGCUUAAAGGUGCAGGGAUGCAGCACUCCAUGUCCCUUGUGUGUGUUCCUUUGGAUGUGGAAGACACACUGCGCUGUUACCGUCAAGCUCUUGAGAGAAGACCUCAUUGUCUUCACGUCUUCCAGCAUAGCCGCUCAUUACUGAUGCUGCUUCUAGCAUACACACAGUCUUGCUUUGCAGCACAGUUGCGGCACUGUCAGAGCAGAAGUGUCAGCCAUUCUGCAAGCCUGGUUGAUUUCAGUCCUAUGGUUAUGCCAACUCCAAACAUCCAACCUUGCGACCUGACGGAGGAGGACUACACUACUCCAAAGGCUCUCUACAGCCUCCCUGUCAGCCCUGACCAUAUGCCCACUGUCAUUGCUGCAUACUCCACAUCAAUUAAGUAUCUCGAGGCCAACAGCCACGACUCCCUCAGAGUUUUGGCACUGCAUGAAAUGGGAAACCUGCACUUCUAUAAUGGAAACACACGGGCAGCAUACUCAUACUGGAGCAAAGCUGUAGAUUCUGCUUUACAGAACUCAGGUGUGGUAGAGAAAUGGGAUGGUGUGUCCUUUGGUGGUGGCACCCUGCAACAAAUCCUGAAACAGGCUGGCAUCUGGGGAUGUCUACAGGCUGCUGGGCUCACUGCUAAGAUUGCACAGUAUAUCUUAACUUCUGAUAUCAGCCAGCGGACCAAGUGCUGUCUCUUGUCUGCUCACCUCUUUAAGUGUGUGCUGUGUUGCUCCCUGGCUCAGCCCCAGGCCGACCUACAGUACGCUUCCCACAGCAUUGGAGAUGAACUGCUCCCCGGAGUCGACCUUUUCUCGGAACCCCACAGGGUUCACCUCGGCACCACUGUAACCAGCCUCAACUUUAUCUGUCACUGGCUUUUCACCACAGGCUACCACAUCACGCUUCUGCCCAUGCUGGCCCUUUACCUAUAUUUUGUGGGAACUGUGUGCAGGGAUGUACAACACUUUGUUGAGGGCAAAAUACUUAAGAUACAAGCUCUUACUGAACUGUGUCUGUUCACUGAAGCUAUAAAAGAGGCAGUUCAGGUAAUACAUGGAACAGGGGUUUGUCUGCCAAAUGGACACUACAUCAACCAAGACAAUCUCCAACCUCUGAAGACGUUCCACUGCAGCAAGUCUCUCUUGGAUAACACUGAGGCUUUGGAAGAACUUGUGAACUGUGACAUUGCUCCAGAGGUUGGCACGGUGUAUGGAUCCACAUUGUGCCUGCGUUUCAACCUUGCCCGUAUUCAACUAGUGCUUGCUCUCAGUAACACUGUAUAUGGCCCUCCUCUGCCAGAAGAAGCUUGUGCCCGAAGUUGUUCAGUGACCUCAGAACACCAUGAACAGGACAGACUGGACUGUGAGGGCUCCUGCCUAAAGACAGAGGAGCCAAAAGUGCUGGCUCUUGAUUCAGAGAAGGAGAAGCUCACUCCAGGAAGGAUUAAGUUCCUUUUGCUAGAAGCAGCAUCCUCCUUGCUGCCCUCCAUUGCGCAGAAGCUCACAUCUCAGCCCUGUAGUGAAACUGAGAACCUGGAAUUAGCAAUUGAGUCCAAACUUCUAAAGGCCAACCUCUUCCUGCAACAAGGACAUGCUUCACUUAGUUCUGAGAUGGCAGUUUCAUCAUUGAUGCUGCUGCAGAUGUCACCUUUAAUGAUGAGUGGAUCCAUGCCUGGCUCUGAGAAACCUGCGUCUGGGCUCCCACAUGCCUUGGCUGAAAGUGAACAGGGUACUAAAGAUUGCACUCUGUCAAGUCCCUUGCAUGGAGACUGUUCCAGAGCAGUUGAGGCCAAUGAGAGAAUUGGAGUUGCUCUGUGGCUACGUUGCCGCCUGGCUCUGUUCCGCAGCCUGGCUGCACAGAUCCCUGACACUACUGUCCAUUCCCCAGGUAAGAACAUUAAUCAGGGAGCAGCUCGGAUGUUACAGGAGGGUCUUGAUGAAUGUGCACUAUGGGGAGACAUCGACAUUCGAGCCCUUUUGAUGGUUGAAGGUGCGAAAUUAGAGGAACACAGAGGCAAGACUGAUGACAGCAUGGCACUACUGCAGGAAGCAGUGAGCCUGCUGUCAGGAAGGGCGUGCAUGCCACCGGGGUCAAGUGUAACUCUGGCGCAGGCAACUUUGCUGCUCAGUGACCUGAGAGGAACACAAAGUACCACACUUCUACAACUGACACAGAAACUACUACAAAAGCAGCUUUCGGUUUUUGGUGAGAGUGUGGUGUUGGAUGAUGGAAAAAAUUAUUUUUCUCCUCCUGGACCAAGCAACACAUACCUCCCUUACCUCCACAUACUGGAUGAGACCACUUUACGAAUUGGUCGCAUCCUGGAUCUCAGUGCCAUGGAAACGCUCGUCCCUGCCCAAUCAUCACAAUCCACUUCCAGGCAGCAUUUACUCCAGUCCAGCCAGAUUGAGAGAGACUCUCAGGCACCAAUUCCCUUGCUAAGCAACUCAAGCACCUCCAGUCCUACAAGUCCUCCAUGCUCAGCUGCUUUGAGAUAG